UAUUCCGCGCGGCAUCUCGGAAAAUCUCGCCAUCCGCUUGCCCCGCCGACUGUCGUGGUCUCCUUCUUCCACUCGUCAUCUCGAGCGCGCGCGUGUGGAUUUGAAAAUAACUGCGACCGAGAAAGAGAGAGAGCGAGAGCGUCGCGAGCCUAUUAAUAGCGCCGACUCGCGUGGUGUCUCUGUCGCGCACCCGCGCGAUCCACGGCAGGCCAGAGAACGAGAGCGAACGAGAGAAGCGAGCUUUAGGGAAAGCUGCGCCGUUGGCUGCUCCUCGUGGAAAUCCGAGUUAGUUUAUUUGCACUGGCGCCCGUGACAACAUGUGAGCCGGCGGUCGCGGCAAAGAGGAUCACCCGACAAGCCCGCCGUCCAUCGUCGGCCCCGUAGUGUGUGAACCCGACCGAACAGUGCCAACAGUGUCGGUGCUCUAAAUCAGGUGUGGCUCGGGAACAAAAGGGAAAAGUUGGCCGAGCAAGCAUUUGGACGACCGAGCGCGGCUAUGCUCACGAUUCUGGAAGUGGAAGCAAGCAACGCGCGGCCCGUUCGCCUGUAGGGGUUUCUAAAUAAAGCUUCCGGCCGCGGCAGACAAGUGCAUCGCCUGCUCCGGCCGGCUAUGUGUGCGAGUGAGCGGAAUGGUGGAGCACACGAACGCAGCGACUGGCUUACCUCAGUCGCACUCCCAGUCGCCAAAUGGGUCGCGCCACCGGCGCUUCUCGCUGCUCAGGUGGUUCCGCCCGCGUCGUCGCGAACCCGGCAAGUCCGCUAAGCGCCGGCCGCGGGCGUCUAGCUCCAGCAGCGACAGCGCCUGCAGCCUCGACAGCCUCUACAGCACCGCCACCGUUCGCAGCUUCGCCUUCCACAGCGGUGCGCGCAAGCAAGCCGUCGAUGCCGCUCUCCGACUGCAGAGCGCCGCGGUCGGGCCGUUCGCGCCCGGUGCGGUGAAGCUCGCGGCCAGCGGCCGAGUCGAGGCCGCCGCCGCCACCACCUGCACCCUGCCCAGCGGAUUCACGCAGGCGCGGGACCUGCGGACUAGGUACGCGCUCCACCCGGCCCACGCCUUCGUUUCCUACGACAACCUGCCCAGGCCCCGGGGCAUCCUCGACGGGCCGAGGAAUGCGCGCGGCGGGGCGCCGACGGACGCCGCCGGCAGUGGCAACAACGACACCUUGACGUCACUCGACUCGUCGACCUCGGGCUCGCGGAGAGUCCACGUGAAAGGCAAGCGCCGGGCGCCCGAGCCGCCAGUCGAGCGUGCGCUCGGGGCCAAUGCGGCCGGCGGCGCGAACCAAGCCAGACGCAAGCGGAGGCCGGCGCCCAAGCCGCCCGGACACACCGACACUCUCUCCUCGGAGGCGUCCGCCUCGGGCAUGGACUCGGCGCUGACCGCCCCCGGCAAGGAUCUCAGCAACGACACGCUCGUGUUGCGCAGGGGCGUGCUGCACGCCAAGGCCGACGCCAACUGCUCGCCCGAUCGCUCGGCCAGCGCCUCUCUCUGCGACUCCGACAGCAACAGUGCCGUGCUGACCCCCAAGUUGGGAGGCAUGACGCCGCGACCCUGGUACAAGCGCAACGUGUUCGGCGACCACGGCUCUAGGGAGCGGUCGACCGCCAGAAGGACGACCAACGACGACCUACUCCGCAACUUCUCCGCAGCCCAGGUCGUCGUCGCGGAGACGAGAGACGACAACCUGUCCUCGAACUCCAGUUCGCCUACGCUCUCGCAUCCGACGUCCUUCCCUUUCGAGGGCUCGCUCUCCAGGCUGGGCUUCUUCAGGCACCACGGCGACGACAAGAAGAAAGACAGCAAACGUAAGUCCGGCGUCUCGAUACUCACCAACAUUAGCGAGCUGGACAAAGAGGCCGCUGCCAUUGUGCAAGAAGAGCAGGCGAGGAACCGCACCUCGACUAUUCUACAAGCCGCUAAACUCGAGCGAGAGGAAUUCGAGAAACGCAUGGCUGCCAACGAGAAGAUCGUCCAAGAGAUCGUCAACUCGUCGUUGGAGAAGUCGCCGAGAAGAAGCGCCGGAACCCUCAUCGGAAAAUUCAAUGGUUUGGGCAACAUUCCGAGAUUCGGCGUCCACUCCAACUUCUUCUCGAGACAGGGCAGUGCGUCGCCCAACGCUAGACGCUACAAUCGACGCGUCGACGAAGCGGAACGAGAUUUAUCCCGGUUCUUCCCUGCAAAAAGACCUCCACCGCCAAAGAUGGAAUCGGCAACGCUGUUCGCGGAAGUUAUCAACCCUGGAAAGAGGAAUUCGUCUGCAGCCCAGUUGGGGAAGGUGACUCGAGCAUCGGAUGACAACAGCGACUUCGCCGAGACACUGGCCAAAGAACUGGACGACGUGGCCACGGGGAUAGCGCGACUGCGACGCGAGCUCGAUGACAGACCGAAAUUGCUCGAAAAUGCGGCCAAGCCGAAAGACGAGUCAACGAAGAAACCGAGUCCCGCCAGCGAUCAACAGCUGGCGAACUUCGACAAAGAGUUUAGCAAAAUCUUCGACGAGAUCGACCGCCAGCUGAGACCUAGGAACAGCAGCGUCGCGGUCAGCGUUAUAAAUAAUCACGGCAGCAGCGGCGCCUCCCCGUCCGACAGUGCCGAGGGAACGGCGAACGUGAAAAAAGACGACAAUAAUGUCUCUUCAGCGUCGACGAAGACAAAGACUUGCUCGGAAGACGUGGCAAAAAAAGAAGAGCCAAAGACGGGCGUCGCACGUAUAAGUGGCGUCGACGACAAGACGACCAACGAUCUAAAGGAGAUGCUCAAGGAAAUGAAGCAUUCUCUGCCGAAGCAGCGCCCGGGAGCGAAAGCGGAAGCGGGCAAGGAGAGCGCGAAGCCGCGCAUUAACAGACCGUCGACCAGCGGUAAUGCAGCCAGCGCCGGUGGCAAGGCCUCCUCCGCAAAAGUGUCCUCGGGCGUGCAGACGAGCGGAAACGUGCGCAGGAUCGUCGUCAAGCCUGGCGGGAAUACCUACGCCAACGUUAAUGCCCGGGAGCAGCCGCGAGUGAAGAUUGAUUUACGACUGGCAGAUAACGCGCCGACGCCGCUGGCCGCGGACACAGCCAGCACCGCCGCGGCAGUGGCCGAGAGGCCCGAUAAAAGGCACGAUGAUAAGAGUUUUGAGGAGAUCAAGGAGCACUGCAUGAACACGCUGGCUGUAAACCGAUUGCUGAGGAAACUAGAAGCAGCUAUCGCGUCGGGAAAUCAUCAGCAAGCGGCAGUGCUGGCUAAAGAGUUAGCCCAGUUGAAGAUACACUGCUCGGUGGUGAGACAACGAUCUUGCGACGCCAAGGAAAAGCUCAAGCUCAGCAUGUACAUCGAAGACAAGCAAGCUCACCAGGGUCCCAUCCCCUUGCAGCUUCCAGCCAACAUGACGGUGGCGCAGCUGAAAGCCAAAAUACAGCUGGAGUUUGAGAUCCCGGCCAACGUGCAGCGCUGGAUCAUCGGCAAGAAUCUCGCCGACGACGAUGACGUAACACUACGGGAUUUGCAAGCAGCCGAGGGAUCUGCGGUAUUCCUGUAUCUCGUGGCGCCACCGGAUUUGCAGGAUAAAGAGACGAUUAAGGAGGAUAAAGAGCGCGAGAAACAAGCGGGGCGCGUAAUAAACGAAAAGAAUGACGAGCGCGAGAUAAAGGCGGAAAUUAAGCCCGAGACUGUUGCUGCUGCUGCUGCCGCCGCCGCCGCCACCGCAGAAGCUAGUGCUGCUGAGCCGCUACCUCGUCAGCCAAAUGAAGACUCGCUGCCAAGGGAUGAGAAACUCAAGCGCUAUGAAGAGCUGAUGUCACUUGAAAACUGUGAUGUUAUUAUAACUGCCGAACCAAUCGAGUGUCCAGUGUGUUUGAUGAUUACUGUUCCCGGAGAGGGUGUGACAUUACGCGAUUGUCUACAUACGUUUUGCAGGGAUUGCGUGAUCAACGUUGUGCGCUAUUGCGAGGAUGCAGAGGUAAAAUGUCCAUACAGAGAUGCUGACUACACGUGCGAGUCGACGCUGCAGGAACGCGAGAUUAAAGCUCUCGUCAGUGCAGAAGUGUAUCAGCAACAUCUAGCCAAAUCGAUAGCGCAAGCGGAAAAUAGCGCCGGCAACAACGCCUUUCACUGUAAGACUCCCGACUGUCCGGGCUGGUGCAUUUACGACGACGACGUCAACAAUUUUUUGUGCCCGGUCUGCAAAGUUAAUAAUUGUCUUACCUGUCAGGCUGCCCACAUGGGUAGAAAUUGCCGUCAAUAUCAAGAAGAAUUGAAGUAUUCCAAGGAAACUGAUCACGAAUCCAAAAGAACAGCGGCGAUGCUCGAAGAAAUGGUUUGCCGCGGUGAAGCCUUAUCAUGCCCGACUUGUGCUGUUGUUCUAAUGAAGAAGUGGGGCUGCGAUUGGCUUCGUUGUUCUAUGUGUAAAACAGAAAUUUGCUGGGUGACGAGAGGACCGCGUUGGGGACCUGGGGGUAAAGGUGAUACUUCAGGAGGAUGUAAAUGUGGAGAAAAUGGAGUUAAAUGUCACCCGAAAUGUAAUUAUUGUCAUUGACGAGGUGUCAAUGACUGUAUCGUAAAACAGCUUUUAUCUGUACGAGAAAAAGAAAGAUGUAUAGAUUCUUGCAAUGCGAUUAAUUAAAGAAGCGUUCGUUGAAUUUUAAUCGAGGGUAGAACCGAAGGAAGUUACUGAGUGAUAAUAAUAAUAUAAGAAAACUAAUUUCAAAUUUAAUUAAUAUUCUUAUUUAUAUUCUUAUACAAAGGAUUCUAGUCGCAGUUUACGUAAUAAAGCUUUAUGUAAACCUAUAACGCGUAAUAAAUUAUCG